GGACUGGGCGCGGCGCGCGCGGGGCCCCCGCGCGGCGGCGCCCACCCACCACCCGGGCUUAACUCGGUGCCCUCCUCGCCCUCCCCCGCCGUGGCGCCGAUCCUCUUGACCUGGAGAUGGGCGGCCCCGGGCGCCUGGCGUGCUGAGCGGACUCCGGCGGGCCAUGGGCGCGCCCGAGAGGCCGCCAGGGCCCGGCGGCACGAGCGAGAUGGACUCGAUGUGGGCCUGGACGAGGAUCGGUGGUUCAAAGAUGGUCAUCGGCCCAGCGCUCGUCGGCGGCGGGGGGCUGUGGGGCGUGGUGGCCAGGAGGCCCCUCGAGGCCGACGCCGUGCUGAUGCGGGUCCCCGUGGAGGCGCUCUUCCCCCUCGACCCGAACGCCGAGUCGUCGCCAGCCGUGCCGGCGGAGCUGCUGCGCUCGAUCCCGGACAACUUCUUCGCUCCGAAGGUGCCCGCGGUCCAGCUGGCCCGGGUGCUCGGCGGCUCCUGCGAGCCCGAGUUCCUGGAGCGCUGGCGCCCGUACCUGGAGAGGCUGAGGGCGCUCGUGUUCUGGGCCGAGGUCCCGGAGUUCGUCGACGCCUUCCAGCAGUCGCCCCUCAGGGACAAGUCCUUUGCUCCUCGGCCCCAUACGUCGGCGGCUGGGCCAGGCGCGCCUCGGGCACACCGGGCGGUGGGAGCGCGCCGGGGCUCAACCGGAGCCUGUACCUGCAUGCCGUGCGCUGCCUGCUGUCGCGGGUGCACGGCACCGACAGCAAGGGGGGGAGGGCUCUGGUGCCGGGGGGGGACAUGUUUAACCAUCACUUCCUCCACAACGCCCGCUGGACAUACCAGGCAGGCCCGCCCGGCUUCUUUGCCGUCCUGGCUGCAAAGCCCAUCGCUGAGGGGCAGGAGGUAGUUAUUUCGUACGGGGAUGACUUGAGCAAUGAGGAGCUGAUGGAUCAAUACGGCUUCACGCAGGCUCCGUAUUGGGAGCCUUUCCAUACGUUUUUCUUGUUUAUGGAGGAGGCUCCUGAUGGCUCCAUGCGCCACCCAGGAUUUGAGAUCAGCGAUAAAACGCGUUCCCUCAUGCUCAAGACGCCGAUCGUGAUCGAAGGCGUUGGAGCAAGGAAUUUCCCCAACGAGUUCUUGAGCUUCGUCGACGCCCACAACUCCACCUGGAGGGAUAUCCUGCGCCAGCACCUGGAGUUCCACCUGAGGCGCUACGGCAGCGAUGCCUCGCUGGAGCUCCUGGUGGCGACCUGGCGCGCGAACCGCGAGCAGAGCCCGCGGACCGCGGUGUGGUGGACCCCCCUGCCCAGCUGCCGCUCCGACUACGGCAGCCCCGCAGAGGACGACAGCGGUGGGUGCGCGGGCGAGCGCGACCUCAGCGCCGAGCUCGCGGCGGGCUCCUUCGUGGCCGAGAGCGUCCUGCGCGUCAAGAUGACGGAGUACGUGGCCCUCACGGCGUAUUCCGAGAUGUUGGACAUUCUCGAGGGGCGCCGCGAUUGGCGGUCCGCCCUGAUGUCUGCGACCGGGAUGGCGGACAUGCUCGACUUCGACCUGCGGCGGUACAGCGGCGGCCUCGGCGGCAUGCCCACGCGGGCGCCGCCACGUGGCCGGCGCGUGGGCCGGCGCGGCGUGCCUGCUGCUGGCUCGCAGCAGGUGGGCCAAGCGGGCGCUGGCGCGCUGCAGGCGGUGAUGGGUUCCUCGGCCCACCGCGCCGGCCGCGGCAGCGAGCCCGCCGCGGCCACCGCGCUACCGGCCGCGUGCCUCCCGCAGGACUCCGCGGCGACCCCGCGGGGCCUCGCGUCUCCGUUUCGUUUUUUUGCUGUGCUCAUGUCUGGGCGCCCGAAAUGA